GCUUCUCUCUUCUUCACCACCAUGCACAUCCUGCGUCCUCUUCAUCGUCUCUCCCGUCUCGCCAACACCGCCCACCGCGCACUCCAUCUCACACCACCACUCCAGCGUGAACCCUUCGACCCCCUCACAGUCGACCGCGCAUCGGACGACGUCGACGUAUGCAUCGUCGGUGCAGGUCCAGCAGGGUUGAGCGCGGCGAUCCGGCUCAAGCAGUUAGAGAAAGAGCGGCGGAGGGAAGUCCGUGUCGUCGUGCUCGAAAAAGGGAGUGAGGUCGGCGCGCACAUCCUCUCAGGCGCAGUCGUUGAGCCCAGAGCGCUGAACGAACUCCUCCCUUCCUGGCACACGAUGGAUGGUCACCCGCUCACCCAGCCAGCUACGAGCUCGACGAUGCGCUUUCUCACUUCCUCCGGGUCGUACCCCAUGCCUCAUCCUCCCCAGAUGGACAACACCGGCAACUACGUGCUCUCCCUUUCCCAGUUCGCGCGCUGGCUUGGCCAGGUAGCGGAAGACGAGGGCGUGGAGAUCUACCCUGGCUUCGCCGGUGCCCAAACCGUCUACUCCGAGGACGGCAAACGCGUACAGGGAGUCAUCACUAAUGAAGUCGGACUGGACAGGCAGGGAAGGAUGAAAGACUCUUUCGAGCCCGGGAUGGAGUUUCGCGCCAAGGUCACGCUCGUCGCUGAGGGCGCGCAUGGGAGUCUAUCCAAGCAGCUGCAGAACAGGUUCAAACUGCGCCAAGGGCGCGACCCCCAGACGUACGGACUCGGUGUGAAGGAGGUAUGGCGCGUUCGGCCAGAGGCGUACGUUCCGGGCAAGACGGUGCACACUAUGGGAUGGCCGCUCAGUAGGGACGUGUAUGGUGGUGGGUGGCUGUAUCAUAUGGCCGAUGGCAUGGUCAGUCUUGGUCUUGUCAUCGGGCUGGAUUACGCGAAUCCGUAUAUUAGCCCGUAUCGCGAGUUCCAGAGGAUGAAGCACCAUCCUUUCUUUAAGUCUGUUCUAGAAGGCGGCGAGUGCCUAGCCUACGGCGCACGCACGCUAAACGAAGGCGGCCUGCAGUCCAUCCCGCAACUGCAUUUCCCAGGCGGUGCACUCAUCGGCUGCUCUGCAGGAUUCCUCAACGUGCCCAAGAUCAAAGGCACGCAUAACGCCAUGAAGAGCGGGAUGCUAGCUGCCGAAGCGGCCUAUGACGCGCUCGAGCACGCAGGAGAGGGCGAGGUGGUCGAUAUGAGCAGCUACGAGGAGCGCAUGCGCGGCAGUUGGGUGUGGGACGAGUUGACCGAAGUGAGAAACUUGAGACCGAGCUUUGCCAAGUGGGGAUUCUGGGGCGGGCUCGUCUACUCCGGAGUGGAUAGCUUGAUCUUGAAGGGUCGGACUCCUUGGACGCUACGUACGCCUGUGGGGGAUGCGGAGCAUACCAGGAAGGCGAGCGAAUUCAAGCCUAUUGACUACCCUCCCCCCCAGCCUCCGCUCUCGUUCGACAUCCUCACUUCUGUCUCUCUGACAGGGACGAACCACGCCGAGGACCAGCCUGUACACUUGAAGGUCAACCCGGGGAUAGAGGCGCGCAAGAAGCACGUGAGGGAGAACGUGCAAGAGUAUGCUGGGCUAUUGGGGCGCGCGUGCCCGGCGCAGGUGUAUGAGUAUGUAGACCAGGAGCAGGGAGAGGGGACGCUUCCCGGGGCAGAGGAGAACGUAGAGGAUGCUGGGUGGGACGGGAAGAAACUGGUGAUCAAUUCCCAGAACUGUAUCCAUUGUAAACUGUGCGAUAUCAAGGUCCCGACGCAGGAUAUUAAUUGGACUGUGCCUGAGGGUGGGGGCGGGCCGAAGUAUUCGCUCACAUGAGUGGAUGUUGGGAGCCCUGGUGAAUGAUAGAU